AUGAGUUCUAGUAAUAAUGAAGAAAAUCUAAAAUGGAAACUUCAAGAAGGAACACUGACUAUGUUUAUUGCAGAAGUGGUUGGAACAGGAAUUUUAAUUUUCAUCGGAUGCAUGGGGUGCAUCGGCACAAUGGGCCCUCAUCCACCUCCGCCAAUGCAAAUGGCAUUUACAUUUGGUUUCACUGUUAAUUUGCUCAUUAUGAUGAUCGGACAUAUCAGCGGAGCCCAUUUAAAUCCUGCUGUAACAAUUGGUGCUGCCAUUGUAGGAUUGAAAACUAUUCCAACCAGUGCUGUUUAUAUUCUAGCACAAUUCAUCGGUGCCACCGCGGGAUAUGGUUUAUUAAAAGUAAUAACACCGACACAUUUAUUUAAUGAUGGUAUCGACAAUUCAACCGUUCCACUAUGCGUUACAGUUGUUCAUAAAGACCUGACAAUUAUUCAAGCAAUUUUGAUUGAAACUUUUUGUACUGGGAUUAUUUUAUGCACGGCUUGUGCUACUUGGGAUGAAAGAUGUGCACAUACAACUGAUUCUACCGCUCUUCGAUUCGGUUUCUCUGUUGCUGGUAUUUCAUUUGCUGCUAGUCCUUAUACUGGGUGCAGUAUGAAUCCAGCCCGAACGUUCGGUCCAGCAUUUUGGAAUGGAACAUGGGACAAUCAAUGGGUGUAUUGGGUUGGUCCAACUCUUGGUGCACUGUUAGGUACAUACGUUUAUCAAAUCUUCUUCAAUGAGCCCAAAAAGAAGAGAUAUACAAAUCAUAUCGAGCUAGUUGAAGUUCAGAGUGAUCAAAAAGAAGAUGUUAAAGAAACAUAA